GGACGUUCUUCCGUUUCCGUUUUCUGUUUUUGCAUCUACUCAGCUGACUGACAGCCAUGCGGUUCCGUUUCUGUGGCGAUUUGGACUGCCCAGACUGGGUGCUUGCCGAAAUUAGCACAUUAGCGAAAAUUUCAAGUGUCAAGAUGAAACUCCUCUGUGCUCAAGUGUUGAAGGAUUUACUUGGGGAGGGCAUUGAUUAUGACAAGGUUGCAAAGCUCACGGCAGAUGCAAAGUUUGAGAGCGGAGACAUCAAAGCUAGCGUGGCAGUGCUCAGCUUCAUUUUCUCCAGUGCAGCAAAGCAUGAUGUUGACAGUGAAUCUCUGUCCAGUGAGCUGCAGCAACUCGGUCUGCCUAAAGAACACACAACGGGGCUCUGCAAAUCAUAUGAAGACAAACACUCCGCACUGCAAGACAAACUAAGGGAGACAAGCCUGAGAUUGGGACGACUGGAGGCUGUGUCAUGGCGCAUUGACUACACUCUGAGCUCCAGUGAGCUGCGAGAGGUGAAUGAACCAAUGAUUCAGCUUAAACUCCAGGCACAAGGAGCAGAGUCAGGCUCCACAGAGACCACUGUUGUCUCUGUUUCUGCUGACAAGUUCAGAGUCUUGCUUGCAGAACUCAAACAAGCCCAGGCUAUGAUGAAUGCACUACAGUGAAGUCUGACCUCAAGGUCUGAUCAAGAGCUGGACACAACCGAUGCUGAUAGUUUGCCAAAAGUGCCAUAGUGAAAGGCUCAUUACUUAUUUAGAGUGACAGAUGUUUAAUUGUAUUUUUCUACCACAUUAGUAAUAGUUGGUGGCUGAUUUGUCACUGAAGCAAAAAUUCUGAAUGGACCAUUUUUGUAAAAUAUUGACUCUUACUUAACAUUUUUUUAUUUGAAUGAUGUUGAUUAUUUAUGUGUUUACGUUCACAUGCUCAUGGAGAACUAAAUAAAAAUGUGUAACACUGAAAAAUGUGUUCUUUGCCGAAAGGCC